GCUGCGUCUUCACACCCUUCGAUCCGGCCCUUAAAGGGCCAUCUGCUUCGGUUUCUUCAUUACUCUCUCCUAUCCAUUCACGAUCUGGAUGACCAUGGCGAAUUAUUGUCGGCCGGUAUCAUAUCCUAGAUCAAGUUUAGCAGCGCCAAGGGAACGUGUGUUCAUAUUAACCAGAUUUUCCUUCCGUUGGGGAUUAUCAAUAUGUUAAAUGAUUUUAUCAUUCUUUUGAUCCCGUUUCCAGAGCAUGACGCUGCAGAUGAGUACACGGAGAAAUUUUGCUAUUCUGGGAUCAUGGCAGUGGGCCUCUUUGUCUGCGUAGCCUGCGUCGCCAGCAUUGCCCGCAUCCACUACCUCUCUCCUCUUCACUCAAAUGAUCGACGUCACAUGGCUCAUGGGCCCAGUAUUCAUCUGGUCCACCAUUGAACCCUGCGUGGCAAUCGUCUGCGCCUAUUUACCGCACUUAGCACCCUUCUCCCGGCAAGUCCACGAGUCUGUUUUACUAGUCAGCGCUCGAGCGGGAAGCCCAACUCUGCGUCGUCAAGUAGGCCGUGGAAGAGUGGGAGUAUCUAUCGGGGACAGUGGCGGGGUAUGGAGGAUAAUGAGAUUGGGUUGACGAAUGAUGAUACAGUGGGUGAGAGGAUGGGGAGGUUGGGCAAGGUUGGGGAUGAGGAUGGGAAUGAGAAUGGUAGAAGGAACAGGGGAUUUCUGUAAUCGAGUUUUGUGCAGUCAGAGUAAACCUUGAGUGCAUUAUAUAUUCAUUGGACAUGGGGGUGGUCAUAUCGUAGAUCUGACAGAGACCCCGAUAUAUAUUUCGAAGUAG